AUGCUGAAGCAGAGACGAAUGAACUGGCUCGGGCACGUGAUGCAAAUGGGCGACGGCCGAAUCCCCAAGGAUCUACUGAAGUGUACUCUUGUGUUACAGACUGGAGGGUUCUUCGUGGAGGCGGGUGCAGUGGAUGGCGAGUUGAACAGCAACACAUUGUUCCUGGAGAGAACCCGCAACUGGACCGGACUACUAAUAGAACCUUUCCCAGAAAUGUAUAAAGAUCUUGUAAACAAACAUAGGAAAGCCUACUCGAUAAAUGCUGCUCUGGCCGUCAGCAAUGUUUCUGCACAAGUUCCCUUCAUUUCGCAUGGUCAUAAGGGCUCCACCGGGCACAUCAGUGGGAUGUCGAACGACGCCACCUAUAGUGUGAAGGCUCUCCCUCUCUACUCCAUCUUGCUGGCCCUCAACGUGACUGUGGUUGACUUUCUCUCCCUCGACAUUAAUGGAGAUGAGUUGAAGGUAUUGCAGACGACCCCUUGGAACAAGGUGAAGGUUCGCCUCAUAUGCGUAGGUUUGACCUUCAAUCCUGAUGGAGAAGAUACUCUUAAAGAGUUUAUGAAUAAACAAGGUUACAAGCAUCUUGUAACCAGAAAUAAUGAUGUCUGGUUUGGGUGGCCGGAUCUCUUGAAUCAAACCAUGAAAAAAAAUGAAACGUUUUUGUUGUCUUAA